CAUAAGCAAAGUGACUAGCAGUUAUAGAAGAUGAUAGGAAAUCAUUUUGGAAAGAAAGGAAAUUCAUAAAUAAAAAGGGACCGGAGAGUGUGGAAAAUGCAUUAUAUAUGAAUGAAUGAAUAUCGAAAAGGCAAAGCCCGCUACUCCUUGUAGUCAUCGUCCAAAAUUAGCUGUGUGGCCAAAUGGAAGCUUGCUUCGCGAAAUGCUCUCAUGGGAGCGCAUUGUUUAAAGCUCUGAAACCUCUCAAAUUGAAGCUAUCAAGCUCUUCUUCCAUGCCCAUCCACUCUGCUGGAGCUACAGAGUCUGUUAAAAAAGCAUAUGAUGCGUUAUUGUUGGAUGCUGGUGGAACCCUUUUGCAAUUGACACGGCCUGUUGAAGAAACUUACGCUUCCAUUGGAAGAAAAUAUGGUCUGACUGCAAGUUCUGCUGAUAUAAAGCAAGGAUUUAAAAGAGCUUUCGCUGCUCCAUGGCCUGAAAAACUCCGUUACCAGGGGGAUGGGCGGCCAUUUUGGAAACUUGUUGUUUCUGAAGCCACUGGUUCCACCAACAAUGAUUAUUUUGAAGAAGUCUAUAAGUACUAUGCAAAUGGCGAAGCCUGGUAUCUUCCAGAUGGAGCUUAUGAAGCACUGUACCUUCUCAAAGAUGCUGGAGUUAAGGUGGUCGUCGUGUCCAAUUUCGACACCCGGUUAAGGAAGCUAUUGAAGGACCUAAAUGUUAUUGAACUGUUUGAUUCUCUAAUCAUAUCUUCAGAGGUUGGAUAUGAAAAACCAGAUCCCAAGAUAUUUGAAGCUGCUUUAGUUGAAGCAAGUGUAGAGGCAGGCAAGGCAGUGCAUGUUGGGGACGAUCUAAAGGCAGAUAAGCAGGGGGCCAAUGCCAUUGGGAUUGAUUGCUGGUUAUGGGGAGCAGAUGUGAAGACAUUCUCAGAUAUCAAAAACCGCAUCCUCGUCCAUUACUAAUACUCCAAAGAAUUAGGUAUCGGUGCCAUUUUUUCUUUGUGGUGAUUGGCGGGUGUUCAAAUCUCUUGAUCAAUUUUUGGGUUCUGCUAUACAAUUUAGGAUUUAUCAUGGGAUUGGUUAGAGCUGUGGAUAUCACCUCUCGUAUGAUUGAUGAAAUACCAUAGGAAUGUUGGUUUAAUAUCUUGAUUCUUGUAACAAAACCUUGCCGAGACGAAAUUCCUCUGUCACUCCCAAUUAUUUGAUGUUUAUUAUUAGCAUAAAAUCUUAUUGUUCA